AUGGCAAGAAAUCUUCCUAACUUGAAGUUGAAAAACGUGGUGGUUAAUUCUCAUAAUAAUGAUUAUGAAGAUGAAAAGAACACUAGUGAAAAAGAAUUGGACCUUCCAUUAGAGAAAUUAAACCUUGGGCCAAAAAAGAAACUACUUGUACUUAAUCUUGGUGGGCUGUUAGUGGAUGGGGUGCAUCGUCGCAACGAGUCCGCUGUUCGGAGAUAUACCCCUGACCUUGUUCAUGGAAAUUUCCUAGUCUUCAAGAGACCUUACUGUGAUCAGUUUAUGAGGUUUUGCCUUGAAAGAUUUGAAGUGGGGCUGUGGUCGUCUGCUAUGGAUCGAAACGUGGAGCCUAUUUUCGAUAACAUCAUGGUUGGCCUUAGAAGGAAGUUGCUAACUAGCUGUUUGUACGGGUAA